AUCUCACAUCCUAAAAUCCUAAAACCCUAAAACCCUACCCUUGCAAGUGCUAGUUCUAUUGCAUUUCUCUGCUAUUCUCCUGUGAUUCCAACAAUCUGACAAUGGCAUUGGCCAACAAUCUUCGCAGGGUUUUCAAUGGAGCUUCUUCUGUUUCCCCAAUUCUGCAAUCGCAGCUUUCUUCCAUUCGCCUCAACUCAACUCUUACUUCUCCCAAGCUCUUCGUUAGCGGUCUUUCAAAAUUUACUAAUGAUGAAAAGCUCAAGGAAGCAUUUGCUCCCUUUGGACAGCUUCUUGAAGCAAGAGUCAUUAUAGAUAGACCUACAGGAAUAUCAAAAGGAUUUGGUUUUGUAACAUAUGCCAGUAUAGAAGAAGCCAAUAAGGCCCGUGAAGAAAUGAACGCCAAGUUCUUAGAUGGAUGGGUUAUCUUCGUUGAUCCUGCCAAGCCCAGGGAUCCUAGACCACCAUCUCAAUUUGAGUCACAACCACAACAUGCUGGUUUUUCUGUUAACAAGACCGUUGGAUGGAGCAGGUGAAAGUGCGGAACAUGCUCCUACUGUUGAUUAGUGAUUCAUUUGAAGUGUACACGACAACGUAUGCUCGGUCAAUUUAUAGUGUACCCGUUGGUGAGUAAGAUUGAAACUUUCCCCCCUUAAAUUCUUGUAAACGAUAGACUUGGUUUAGAUGUAAGAUUGAAACUCCCAUCCCAAAAAUUUAGGUAAUUUGAGCACUUCUAACUUAUAUCACUUAUCAUAUGUAUUGGCUACUUUAUUGAUUUUAGUUCUACAAAACCCUUUGUGGAAUAA